UCAUCAUUAGCCAGUCACUGCACCAAGUGCACAACGGUUAUUGUCAGAAUUUAGCUAUGACCAACGGCUCGCAAUCUCUAGAAACCUCUAGCAAGGCUUCCAAUUUCGGGAGAAAGCUGUCAAAGCAUUGAUGAGUUUAAGGUAAUAAUGAAGGAGCUGGUUAACAUGAUUGUCCUUCACACAUACCCCUUUUCCAUUGUGGACGAUGUAGGAUUCAGAAAUUAUACAAGCACUUUAAACCCUGAGUCUGAAAUGCCGUCUCAAAUACAAGUGAGGGAAGAAUUACUCAAAAUGUUCAAUGCCGGAAUAGAAAGAAGGAAGCAAUUAUUAAAAAAUUACAAGGGUAAAAUUGCUGUUUCUUUGGAUUUGUGGACAUCUCAUGACAAUAGAAGGUUUGUAGCUGCCACAGCACAUUUAGUUGAUGAUACUUGGACACUACAGAGCUUCCUUUUUAGGUAAUAUUAUAGUAACAGGUAUAUUUGCUGUUUUAGUUGCCAUACAUUUGUUUUUCCCUCAUGUAAGAUGAUAGAAUUUUUAUCUACGUUGCCAUAGGUUCAUAAAGUUUCCAAAGGAAUACUCGGAGAAAGUGAUCAUGGAAUAAUACCUCAAAUGCAUGAGAACUUUUCUGAGUUGUUUCCUAGUAAGUCUGUUAUGGUUAGAGAGAAGUUCUUAAGUAUGAGAUGUUUUGCACAUGCCCUGAUGUUGCUAGUGAAGGAAGGUCUAGCCAUUCUUGGUGAUACAAGUCUGAGAAUUCGGAAUAUUGUAGAUUAUAUGACAGCAACAGCUGAAAGAAAGGAUAAUCUUCAUCAGAAAGCUCGUCUACUGAAUCUUUACAUAAGAGGAAAAUAAUUAGUUCUGAACUGUGAAACAAGGUGGGAUUCAACCUACGUGAUGCUUGUGAGAGCUUUGUAUUACAAGGAUGUGUUUAAAGACGAAAUGCUUUGUAAAUCAGGGAAUAUUGCCAUACCUAGUGACGAAGAUUGGAGUUUGACUGAAAAAGUUUGUGGAAAACUGAAGCUAAUCUAUGAAACUGCAUUGUUUUUUUCUGAGAAGAAUCAUGCUACUGCCAAUUUUAUUUUUCACCAAGGUCUGUGAUGUCAAAUUAGCUUUACUAGAGUGGGCUGCUUGCGAAAUUGAGAUGGUGAGAGAGAUGGCUUUGAAUAUGAAAGAAACCAUACGACGAGUACUGGAAUACUGUCAACACUGUCUUAGCAGUAGCUGCUGUAUUGGAUCCCAGAUACAAGAUGUAUAUAGUGGAAUAUUACUUCCACAAAAUAUAUGGAGAUGAUUCACAAGACCAAAUUGACCGUAUUAGAAAAGUAUCCUCUGAAUUGCUUGAAGAAUACCAAGCUAAAGAUAAGAAUAAUGAGCUUGACGAGCAAGCUGCCAUGUCUGCGUUUGAUUUGUUUCUUAAUGAGAGGAAGAAAAAUAAGGUAGGUGUAACAACUGAGUUGGACUAUUAUCUAGAUGAAGAUGUCUUGCCAAGAACCAAUGAUUUCAAUGUAAUAUCUUGGUGGCACACCAAUGGGCUGAAAUAUCCUACCCUGCAAAGUAUAGCCAGGGAUGUUCUUGCUAUACCUGUUUCGAAACUAGAUUCAGGUGCUGUAUUUUGUACGGUUGGCAGAGUGUUGGAGCAAUAUUAUAAUAAGCUGGAUGAAGAAACAGUUGAAGCAUUGAUGUGUAGAAGAGAUUGGUUGAUUUCAGACAUUCCAGGUGGUUAUGUGUCUGAAGAUGAAGAAGAUUCUUUCUGGCUUUCUGAUGAAGAUUCGGACAAUGAAUGAGACUAUAUAGAAUUUUACUAAGGCGAACUGGGGAUUUACUGAUGAAAGUAAAUAUUUGCUGACUGGUACAACUGAUAUUACAGUUUCACUGCUUCUCCAAAUUGAAUCUGUAAGUGUGUUGUCAAUACUUGUGGGGGAUUAUAACAUUCCUAUAUUUUUGUUAAGUAUCUUUUGACUGCUUGUAUCUGCAUGACCGAAUUUCCUUGGAUAUAUUUUGUAGAUGCAAGACUUUAUGAUAUCUUUGAGAUGUUAUUAGAAAACAAAAAUGGUUUAUCAGAAAUGUUGAACUCUGGUUGUUGUUUAUAAAUCUGAUCGUCAGAGAAAUGUUGAGAGCGAGCCUUUUAUGCUUAAGUCUUUCACCUUGAUCUUCUAUGUGCAUCUUAAUCAUACAUGUGUCGUGUAUAAUACAAUUUGGCCCUGUUUGGUAAUUAGUUGAUAGCUCGUUUGAUCUUCCAAUUAUACAAGAU